ACCGCCGCGAUUUGAAAGCGCGCGCGCCGGUAAAAUCAUUCAGUCGCAUCAGCCGCUUUAGUCGAACGUCGUGCAAUUAAAAGCGACAUCGAUUUUCCUAAUCGAAUAAUGGAUUACAAUCGAUCAGAGUGUGCUCGCGUUCAAUGAUCACUCCGGUAUCAUGUGCUACAAAACGGCCUACGUCCAAAAUGAGAGCGCUAAUUUUACGGACACGAAAAAUUUGAAAUUACGAAUGCAUUACAUUUUAUUUGCGAGGACGAUGUGGACAACUUGUAUUCUGUGAUUAUCGUGUGUAACGGUCGUUCAAAACUGUGAUUUAUAGAAUUUAAAUUUAAAACUAGUCAAGAUGAUGUCCAAAAAGCAACUCGCUUGCAUGCUGGCGCUCCAUAUAGUGUAUUUGCUGGUCGGAGCGAGCAUAUUUUAUCACAUAGAAAGCCCCUUGGAGCUGGCUCAAAGAGCCGAAGAAAAACUGGAAAGACUUGAAAUCCAAAAUCUCCUUUACGAAAACUAUAUUCCAAACGAUCCUCACAAGCAAGACAGUAUCCUGCGCAAGCUAUCCGACUACUGUGGCAAGUCCAUGUACAACUUCACUACCGAGGAUGAGGAACCGCCUUACAAAUGGGACUUUUAUCAUUCAUUUUUCUUCUCUUACACCGUUGUUAGUACAAUUGGAUAUGGUAACUUGGCUCCAACUACUCAUUUAUCAAGGAUACUAAUGAUCUUCUAUGGAUUGUUUGGCAUCCCUAUCAACGGUAUAUUGCUGGCCAAUCUUGGUGAAUACUUCGGUCUACAGCUAAUCUCUGUCUACCGCAAGUACAAAAAGCGUAAUGAAAAGCGAGCAGACAAACUCGACUAUUUCUUUAUGAAUCUCGGCAUGUUGGGCCAGAUAUUCCUGUACCUGGUCCCAGGGUUCCUCUUCUUCAUAUUCUUGCCCGCUUGCAUCUUUGUUGUUUUUGAGGGUUGGGACUUCGUGGCGGGAGUUUAUUAUGCAUUUGUUACGCUCACUACUAUUGGUUUUGGUGAUUUAGUCGCUGGUACUGUCAACAAUGGCUUCAAAUAUGGCUAUUUCCUUACCUAUCAGAUAUUCCUUAUCAUUUGGAUAACCUUCGGCCUCGGCUACAUAGUGAUGUUACUCGGAUUCAUCACCAGCGGUAUGAGAUCCGAAAGAGUUCAUAGACUGGAGCAGAAAUUCGCUUGUCAGUUGAAAACUACGCAGAGUAAAAUUCUACAAGGAUUCACGAGAGAUAUAGCGAUAAUAAGGAAGAUAAUAAAUGAAGCUAAUUUAAUAAAAUUGAAGCCUGUUUAUGUUGAAUCAAAACCGCACAUUCACCGCAGCGUAAGUUGUCCCAUAUUAACCUACGACGUUGAACCAAGAGGACCAAUUAUUAAAAGAAAAAGAGCUAAUUCAGAAAAUAUAUAUCUUACUGCGAAAGACAUGCUGAGAAUUCAGUCAGAUACUGAUCUGCUAGGAAUUGACAAAGAGAAAACAUUCACAGCGUCAGCUAUUGUAAAACCUGCCGAACUCUUAGCUAGAGUAGUUAAUGUUCUAGGUGGAUUCAAUCAAGUACAAGAAAAUAGAGGCAUUAAUAUAUUUGAUGACGAACAGAUUCUAGCGAGUGAAAAACCUCCACUAUUUAGUAUAGGAAAUGAUAUAUUAAAUUCUAAGAGAACGCGUGCCUUAAGCGUAGCUGUACCUAAUUAUAGAAAGGAAUCUGUGUCAAAAUUCAAUCAUGACUUCACUUGGACAAAUGGUGAUACGGCUGAAAAGUAUAGAAAAGAAGCAAAUAUACGUAGUGGAAAAUUGUCUCUACCCACAGCAAUACAACCUCCUGAAGAUAUGCAACCAAAGAGUUUAUUCGCGAGAUUAUUUAGAAAACCGAGUUCUGGUGAAAGUCCUACUGAGUAUAUAAAGAACACAAUGAGAGGCAGAGUCAGUGCUGCUCAAGCAUCUACAGAUAAUUCUAAAGAUAAUCAGAAAUCUUCAAAUAUAUUCCCCCUCUCAUACGGCCUUAGUGAUGAAGAAAGAAACGACCUAGAUAAAUACAAAGAAAAGACUAAACGUGGCCGACAUAGUAUUUUCCCAACAUUUGAUUUCUCAGAGGACGAAGAUACAGCUACAAGGACAUCAUAUCAACAGAGACCAAAACGACACAGCAUAUUCCCGACCUUCAACUUUAGUGAAGAUGAAAACGAAGAAGCUAACCGCUAUAAAGAAAAAACAAGACGUGGUCGACAUAGCAUAUUCCCCUCUUUUGAUUUCAGUGAACAUACUAGUAACGAUGAAGAUACAAUGGAUGAAGAUGAAAUUGAGAGGUACCAAAAUCGGACUCGCAGAGGACGUACAAGUUUAUUCCCAUCGUUUGGAAAGUCAAAGAAAAACGACGAAGAACAUCUACCAGAAAGUUCAGAUGAGUUAGUGAAUUAUAAAGAAAAAACGAAACACGGACGCAGCAGUCUAUUUCCAUCGUUUGGCAAAAGUCGUAAAAUUAGCUCUCCAGAAGAAUGUUCUAGUGAUUUAGAAUCGAGUAUUAGGCAAUAUCAGAACCAGACCAAACGUGGUCGAAAAAGUUGUUUCGCUGGUGACGCAUCCAGUUAUAUGGGUAAUCAGUUUGCGAGUGAUUUAGAAAAUUACAGAAAUAGAACAAAAAGAGGUCGUCCGAGCUUGUUUGACCCGGACGUGAACAUUUCAACGCUGCCAGAAAAUGAGCAAGUUGAAGUAUUAGAAAAUACAAGUGUGGCUGAUUUGUUGCGUGCAUUGGCUGUGUUGGAGACGGCAAACACACAAAGUACAAUAGAAUCUGGGGAUCCAAGACGCCGUGGUUCACUGAGACCUGAUUAUAAUCUUUCUACAAUUUCAAAUAGAGACUUCGAAGAACAGGUUGGACCAAGACGUCGAAGAGUUAGCGCAAGACUUGCAGCUCCUCAAUUUACUCCCACAUUAGCUACUGUGGUAGCAGGAGCUGAAUUGCAAAUAACAGCUGCCACCCAAAGAGAGAAUAGGAUGACCAUGUUAACACAUCCACCUCCACCCUAUAGCGAAACUGAAGAUUAUCAGCCAAGAGCUAGAAGAUAUUCACCAGCUCCAAGUGAAUCUAGGUCUGGGCCUAUACCUAGAAUGUACUCAAGGAGUCGCAAAGAAAGUCACGAAGAACCUUCGAGGCGCGGCAGCCUAACGGACAUUGUAAUCGAUACUAAUAAAGAUAAAACAUAGUGCCUUAUAGACUUACGAUUUAUGUUAAGUAUUUAUUCUUAAUUAAAAGCCGUCCAUGGAUCGCCAGUCAUUCCUAUUUAAUGAAUGUUAGUUAGAAAUGCCAAUGACUUUUGAGAUUGUAAGUACUUAAGAAAUAAUUAAGUGAAUUCUAUAAUUGAUAAAUGUUAUAAAUUGUUUUCCGUUUUGUAGACGUUAUUGCUAUUAGCUCCAGUUAUAUGCCUCGCAGAUUCAUUUAUGAAAAUUAUGAUAAUUUUUAAACUUCAUUCAAAAUUUUUGCUUAUAAUGACUUGAUUGCAUUUUUAGUUUGCUUUUUAAAUUAUAUGCAAUAUCACAUAGAUUUGAGAAAAAUCUAAUUCGUCAAUUAAUGUACCAUUUUGUACACCUACCAAAUCAGGGUCGAGGAAUUAAAUGGAGACUAAUAAUAACGAAAGUAAUUAUUUAAUCAAAUGAACAUCCAAAAGGGAUUUGCUUUUGAAGCAUAUGUUUACAACACUUUUGUCAUUA